UCGGCGGGCAGAGCCGCCCGUCUCCCGCCCCUCCUCCUCCCUUUCCCACCCCUCGGAGUGGAGCUGCACAUGCGGCUGCUCCCUGCUCUGUCCCGCCCAGCCUCGGUCGCGCAGGAACGGGUCCCUGCAGCCCCCAACCCAUGGCAGGACAGUAGCCGCCUGUCAGGGGUCGUGAACGGCUGAGGCAGACGCGGCGGCUCUCGGGCCUCAGAGAGUGGGCGUCUCCGGAGGCCAUGGGCUACCCCGAGGUGGAGCGCAGGGAGCCUCUGCCCGCGGCAGCGCCACGGGAGCGGGGGAGCCAAGGCUGUGGCUGUCGCGGGGCCCCGGCCCGGGCAGGCGAAGGGAACAGCUGCCGGCUCUUCCUGGGCUUCUUUGGCCUCUCGCUGGCCCUCCACCUGCUGACGUUGUGCUGCUACUUAGAGUUGCGCUCAGAGUUGCGGCGGGAGCGGGGAGCCGAGUCCCGCCUUGGCGGCCCCAGCACCCCUGGCACCUCUGGCACCCUGAGCAGCCCCGGUGGCCUCGACCCUGACGGUCCCAUCGCCCGCCACUUCGGGCAGCCGUCACUUCAGCAGCAACCGCUAGAACCGGGAGAAACCACACUCCCUCCAGACUCUCAGGACUUGCACCAGAUGGCCCUUCUGAAUUUUUUCUUCCCUGAAGAAAAGGCAUACUCUGAAGCAGAAAGUAGGCGUGUUCGUCGCAAUAAAAGAAGCAAAAGCAAUGAAGGAGCAGAUGGUCCAGUUAAAAACAAGAAAAAGGGAAAGAAGGCAGGACCUCCUGGGCCCAAUGGCCCCCCAGGACCUCCAGGACCUCCAGGACCCCAGGGGCCCCCAGGAAUUCCAGGGAUUCCUGGAAUUCCAGGAACAACUGUUAUGGGACCACCCGGACCUCCAGGUCCUCCCGGUCCUCAAGGACCUCCUGGCCUCCAGGGACCUUCUGGUGCUGCUGAUAAAGCUGGAACCCGAGAAAACCAGCCAGCUGUGGUGCAUCUACAGGGCCAGGGGUCAGCGAUCCAAGUCAAGAAUGAUCUUUCAGGUGGAGUGCUCAAUGACUGGUCUCGCAUCACUAUGAACCCCAAGGUGUUUAAGCUACAUCCCCGCAGCGGGGAGCUGGAGGUACUGGUGGACGGCACCUACUUCAUCUAUAGUCAGGUAGAACCAGAUAUCAUUGAAAAACUGAAAAGAGGCCCCUCCCACGCCCUGCCAUCUGAUUCCCUCCCUCAGGGCCCCAACGCCUUGCUUCCCUUGCUAAGCUGUCUGGUUCUACUGCCAAACUUGAAGUCUGUCUCGGUGUACUACAUCAACUUCACGGACUUCGCCAGCUACGAGGUGGUGGUGGAUGAGAGGCCCUUUCUGCAGUGUACGCGCAGCAUCGAGACGGGCAAGACCAACUACAACACCUGUUACACCGCAGGCGUCUGCCUCCUCAAAGCCAGGCAGAAGAUCGCCGUGAAGAUGGUGCACGCUGACAUCUCCAUCAACAUGAGCAAGCACACCACCUUCUUUGGGGCCAUUAGGCUGGGCGAGGCCCCCGCAUCGUAGAUUCCCCCGUCUUGCCCCUGCCUUUGCCCUUGCCCCAGGUUUGGGAGCUGGGACUCCUGGAACAUCUAAGAGCUGCUGUGGAGUGAGGUAUAUGGGUGUUGCAGCUGCAGAGACAAAUGCCCCACUGCUAUUUAUUCCCUAGUGACACCAGGAUGACGAGGCCUGCUUGCCUUUCCAGAAUGACUUUGAGUUAACAGGACAGUCGAUGGAGCCCCAGGGUUUACAUGAAGCAGAACCUUCUUACUUGGGUCCAUGUCGACUGGCAUACAGUCUUCAACCUCAAGAUCCCCGUUGUCAGUUAUUGUUUGUUGCACUAAAGCGAGGGUCCAGGGCAGCAGGUGAGAAAAAACAGAGGUGCAGUCAAGACUGUGGGGACAACUGCUGAUUCCAAGAGGGCUGCUGCUCCUCUCAGGUGGGGCUGGGGACAGGGGUGGGGAGGGGUAGAGACCAGGGGAGAAAGCUGCCCGGCAGUGGAAUUAUCGUCACUGCCCUGCGCUGCAUGCAGCCAGCCAGUGGGCCACAGUGCUUUUCCCACUCAGGCUGAGAGCCAUGUCGUGGCAGCUCACCAAGCUUUGGGGACAGGCGGUGUGCUCUUCCUUGGAGUGAUUGCAAGGAAUGGCCACAAACCUUCCUGUAUACAAACCUGAAGCCAGACUUGGGGUCACAUGUAUUUCAUUUUGUUUACAACUGCGCUUCAGGCUCAGAAAACUCCCUGGGUCCCCUCUUGAUUGCCCCCCUUCCCAACCUGACUAGAACUCGUCUUCUUUCUCCACAGAGCCUACCUCUGUCUGAGACAAGUGCCUAACCUGGUACCUGUGCUUAUGUGGGUUUGGGGUACUCUUUAGAUUACCUGGGCACAAAGAGAAUUUUCCAUUUAUUAAGCAACACAAAUAUUCAUCUAGUCAUGUUGUGUCUGGGGUAAAUAAAGUGUUGGAAUGGAUGACCUGCAGAAGUCCCUUCAAAUCCUAAUCUUCAGGCAGCUACCUUAAUGGCCUACUAAAACUCCCAAACCCUAGCCUGCCCUUGGGCAUCAGCGAGGUACAGCUUUUCUACCUGACUUGGAAGGGAUGAGAGGUGGAGAUAGGACAGGGUUUUUAUCAAGUUUGCUACAAGCCAAGUGGUCAUUAGCCCAGACCUUAGCUGAAAGGACAGCAGCUGAUGCCCCACUCAGCCUUCUUUUCUUCAUUCUGGCUUCAGAAAGCCACAGAAAAGCAGUCACCAUGGAUUCUGGUGCUGUUCCCCUGAAUUAAGGCUCAAGAGAAGCCAGCAUCUAGGCGUUGGGAGGGUUCUGCCUUCUAGUCUGGUGCAAAGACAUGUCCCCACUUCCCCAAGCUUCCCACCAGGUCAUAUGGUGGGACGAUUCAAGGGCCUUAUUUCUAACUGCCUGGGCCCAGCCUGACUCCUGGUUGUUGUGUCCAGCCCAUAGCUGAGAGGGCUGAUCUUCUACAGCCUGCUACUCUUGCUCUUCUCGAGGAGAUGGGGAAUAAGUCUCUUUAGGCAGCUGAAAUGUACCAAGAGCAACAGGUACUCAUUUCUCUGCUGUGCUUUCCCUUUCUAAGCAACUACACUGCUUAGCCCUUCAAGUGUCAGGACAGGAGGUGGUAGGCUGUGGUGCCAUUGUCUGGUUUCUAAUAAUAGCCUUGCACCCCCAGGGAGGCAAAUUUUAGGCACGUGUCUGGCCCUGGCUCCUUUAAAGUGCCUUAGUCCUAAGUUAUAGCGGGAACAGGUGAGAAUUUCUCCUUAAAGUUUGGAAAGUACUUUCUCUCUUAUUAUUUUCUUUGAUAAUAUUACAAAUCCCAUUGUCUAGAUGAGGCUCAGAGAGGUUAAGUGCUUUGACUAGUAUCUUACCCAGCUUAACUCACACGCCUGGGACUUCAUUUAGCCAGGUCUGACUCAAAAAUCAUUCCAUUGCACUGCAGUGUUGUGUUGAAUUUGGGAUCCAGAAAGAAGCAAUGAAAGUGGUGAUAUGGACCCCAAAUCCUUGAGGGUCCUAGGGAGGCAUGCAGAGAUGCUCAUUUUCAUCCCUUGGUGAUAAUUCCUGUUCUCUUGGCUGCAAGGGGCUCUGUGGCAAAAGAGUAGAACGUUUCUUUGGGAAACAGCCAUCAGCCUCAGAGCUGGUUCUUGUGUUCAGAAGAAUCAUCUUGGCACCAUGUCCAAACAGUGGGCUUUAGCACCCACAGAAAUGAUAUCACUCGUAUUCUUUCACCCACCCAACAAACCAAUUGCAAGUAAGGUCUUCCUUUGGUUGCUCUGCAGUUGGGUUACAGGAGCUGGCCAACUUCACACAGCUACUAAGUGACUCCAUAUCUCUUUCCACCAUACCACUGAGAUCUUGGUACCCCAGGAUUGCUCAGGGAUGGAGGAAAGAGCAAGGACUGUUCCUAAAGCCAAAAUGCUGUGAGCAAAUGGAAGGACAAGGCUUCAUAAUUGUGCCCCUAAAGGACAUUCUGAUACCCAGCCUAGUCUCCUAAUGUGGAGGGGAUUAGACAGGAAAUAAGAUUCGCACAGGACCUUUUAUGCAUUUUGAAGCCUCAAAAGGCACCCUAGAGGGAGGGCUUCAUGAUGGAAACCAUAGGUAGCUGGGGAGCCCUGUUGCAGCCAAGUUAUUGCCAAAGUAGUGAAGCAACUUACUAAUAAGAGAAUGUGGAAAUAGAUUUACCAUUUGGAAAUAUGUUGAUGUGACUUUACCAGAGGGCUAAGGCUAGCAUGGAGAAUGGGACAAGGACAUUGGUAAGCAAGCAGAUGACAAGUUUGAAGGAGAAAUGCAUAGCAGAAUCCUUUGCCAGCUGCUUGGAAUUCAUCAGCCAAAGCUGGCACAAAAGGUAGCCGUCAGGGCUGCUCAGUCCCUGGCUCCUUGGAAAAUGUAAUCUUUGCCUUAUAUCCCCUUCAUUAAUCCUGAGCCAGAUUUUUUUUCUGAGCAGGAAAGGGCUAGAAACCCUUCAGGUGGAAAAGACUUUGAUCCAUGUAUGAGUACGUGUUUUAUGUAUCUUCUGGUGGAUGCAAAUAGAGAAAAUUAGAGCUAGAAAGACCCUUAGAGAGAAUCUAGCCCAAUCUGCAUUGUAUCCCAUUUUACUCAUGUGGAAACUGAGGCCCAGAAAGGGAGGGUGGCCUACCCAAAGUGAACAAGCCAUGACUUGCACUCAACAGAGUGACAGGGUCAAGCUGUACCUGUCCCACUCGGCCCCCUUCAGGAACCUGGCCACACAAGGAGAGAGUAGCUACAGCUUUUAUCAGAAGUCUUCCUCCCUUUAAGGCAUUCUCCCAACUCCUGCCUCUAGACUGGAAGGCUCUGGACUAUCCUAACACUAGGAAGUCCUGAGGCUGCCCUGGCAUGGCCUCCCCUGGUCCUGCCUGGAGGCUCCUCUAGACCAUGUGAGCACAAAGAAGGAGCUGGAUUUUUUCUUUUAAUAUGUUUCAGGGCUCUCUCCAAGGGGAGUUGGGGUGUAUCAUUUCUUUAUUCAAAAAGCUUUCAGCUGGGGGGGUGGGCUUUGUCAUGAGAAUGGCCUGGAGCAGGCCCAGUGCUGCUUUGGGGGUCAGCACCCAGUGUGAGAUGCUGUGUAUAUAAACUAUACAUACUGUAUAUAAACUGGGAUGUAAGUUUGUGUAAAUUAAUGGUUUAUUCUUUGCAAAUAAAGCUUUUUUUUCUCUCUGUUGUUGAAA